AUGAAGAUUCAGUUCACCUACCUCGUUAUCCUUGCCGCUGCCGCUGGGGUGAAGGCAGCUCCUAGUAAUACCGAUGAAGCAGGUGGAACAGGUGGAAACCCACUCCAGACCAUCUCGCAUACUGUUAUGACUGCUUUCAAUCAGAGGGCUCUGAACAUCAGUCCGCGCCAAUAUUCCUCGCAAGACUCGGAACACUUCGACCUUUUGGAUUUCUCUCAGCUCCGGGGUGGAAAACCUACCAAAGAAGCCCUUUCGUAG